AUGGGUCCCAAUGUGAAGGACAAUCCAAUGCCAAGUCAUGGUCCUUCAUCAGUGAACAAUAUAGAAGUUUGUCUCAAUGAACAACGUGUUACGAAGAUAGAGGAGAUUCGGCGGUCUUUGGUUGAAAUUCAUUCUGUUUUAUGUGCUCAUGGUCUAUUCCAACAUGACCACCAGAUCUGUGGUACAUGUUCAGUCAAUUCAAGAGGUUGUAGAAAGAUUCAAGAUGAUUUGCAAGGCGUCCUUGAUCAGGGUUUGAUUCAGAUUUCUAGACAAGUGAGUUCUCCAGAAUCACAAGAACAGGAGGUGAAUGUCAUCAUUCCUUGCUUCAACAUUUCAGAGAAAGUAGAGAUAGCUUAUCAUCCGAGGGAGCCAGUGGUGAUUUGCCCUCCGGGCCCAAUGCCUUACACUUCAGAUAAAGCGGUCCCCUACCGCUAUGCAGCAACUAUUAUUGAGAACGGUAAAGAGGUCGAGAUUAAAACCUUAGCCUCAGUUACCAAUAUCGCAGCAAAUAGCCGAAUGACGCGCAGUGGCCGCGUGUUCGCUCCGCCGGUUAUCCCAAGUAGAAAUGUUGAGAAAGAUCCAGUAGUCGUGGUACCAGUGACAAGAGAAGCAGAAGGGCAAACAAGCAAUUCAACCCUUGAUAAAGAAACAGAUGAACUACUUAGAAUUAUCAAGCUCAGUGACUACAAAGUGGUAGAUCAGUUGCUACAGACACCGUCAAAAAUCUCGAUCCUGUCCUUAUUAUUGAAUUCAGCUGUCCACAGAGAAGCACUACUGAAGGUGCUUGAUCAAGCCUUUGUAGAACAGGAUAUAACAGCAGAGCAGUUCAACAAUGUUGUAGGCAGCAUCACUUCGUGCAAUGGCUUAGGCUUUUGUGAUGAAGAACUGCCAGAAGAAGGAAAGAAUCACAACUUCACUCUCCAUAUCUCAGCCAAUUGUCAAGGGGAUUCUUUGUCUAAUAUCCUAAUUGACACCGGUUCAUCUCUGAAUGUCAUGCCCAAGUCUACCUUGGUGAAGCUAAAGUACAAAGGGGGGCAAAUGCGGCACAGUGGAAUUAUUGUGAAAGCGUUCGAUGGAUCAAGAAAAUCAGUCAUUGGAGAAGUUGAUUUGCCUAUUGGUAUUGGACCACAUGUAUUCCAGAUCACUUUCCAGGUUAUGGAUAUAGUGCCAGCUUAUAGCUAUCUGCUCGGACGCCCAUGGAUUCAUGAGGCGGGUGCCAUUACAUCCACGUUACACUAG